UGGCGGAGGGCUGGGCUCCGCGCGGCAGCGCCCGCCACCGGGGGGACCGUAAAAGGUUGGAGCGGGCUGGGGAGGUGUGGCUCUUCCUGCGUGACCUGAGCCCCCGUCUCGGUCGCCGUCGUCUCCCGCAGCCGCGGCCUCUCAGUCAUGGGCGCCGUCUGGUCCGCCCUGCUGGUCGGAGGGGGUCUGGCCGGAGCGCUUUUCGUUUGGCUGCUGCGGGACUCGGGAAAGGAGGGGAAUGCGGAGCAGAGGAAGGACGCCCCCUCAAGGGAGGCUGCGGCUCCGGGCGGAGAUCAGGGCGGUGGCGGCGGCGGACUGAGCCCCGGACCUUCUGCCAAACCAGAGCAUCUUCAAGAAAGCAACGGAUGUUUGGUUUCUGAGACCAAAGGUCCCGGUGACCUGCCAGGAGCAGCAUGGAGACAGCAGAGUCCUUCUGGAGAAGCUGGUAACCCUGACAGUUCAAGAGCGCAUGUUCCUUCUGGCCCGUUUCCAGACACGGAAUCUCUACCUACCUCUGAGACUGGUACCUCUGACAUUUCAAGACACGAAAGCCUUGGAUCUCCUGUGGGAGAACGGGGAUUGCAAAAAGGCCAAGAGACACCUUCCAAAGCAGUUCCAUGUUUGGCAGAGAAGUUUCCCUCCAGCAACCUGCUCCUGGGCAGAGCGAAAGAAGUGAGCCCUGCACAGCCGGACAGUCAGACCCGGGCUGACCAUGAGGACUGGGAGAUGGUGUCUCGGCACUCGUCCUGGGGAGAUGUUGGUCUGGGUGAUGGUCUUGGGUCUCCAGUGUUAAGCUCUAAGCAGGGAAAGGACUGGGACAGAAGCAUGCUGGUGGAAACAAGAGGUCAGAAAGAGCGUCGUCAAGUUAGUGUCAGGUUCCAGGUCCAUUAUAUCACAAGUGCGGGUGUGCAGUUCAUCGCCGUAACUGGAGACCACGAGAGUCUUGGGAGAUGGAACGCUUACAUCCCACUCCAGUGCGGCAGGGAUGGGUUCUGGUCUCGUUCUGUGUCCCUGCCGGCAGACACGGUGGUGGAGUGGAAGUUUGUGGUGGUAGAGAAUGGAGAAGUUGCUCGUUGGGAAGAAUGCAGCAAUAGAUUCUUGGAGACUGGUCGUGAGGAUAAAGUGGUUCACAGGUGGUGGGGGAUUCACUGAAUCGCUUUGACAAACGGCCGAGGGGCUAUGGGAGAACAUGGAAGGGGCUAAGGUUGUGGAGCACCUGGAAUAGUUUAAAAUAAAGGAAGUGUAACUUCAAAUCUAACCCCUCAGACUUGUUUCAAAUUUGCUAGUGGCUUUUGUCUAAUGUGUAGAUAGUGCUUCCAGCGAGCAUGGCAUUUCCUGUGGCACUGCUGGAUGGAUUUAUGCUGAUCCAUCAUUACUUUAGGGCUUGGUUGUCUUGGGGAGUGGCUUGGCUAAGUGUGCAGUGGUCAGGGAGCACAGAAACCAACUUAACUGUGCAGGGUUUAGACUUGAGCCUUUCAGUGAUUCUUAGACCAGGGGAGUAAAACAAGCCUUAUUCAAAAAGAGCAGGUUUCCUACUGGUGCAGCUGGAGAAAUGCUCUCUUACACAUUUUAUAUUUAAAAAUCAUUAGCACCAUAUGGAACUGUGAUGAGAAAAUAUCUGGUCACUAGAUGUGAUUAGCCAGGAUAUGAAGCAUUGCGUUGACUUCCCAAUGUUUUUUUUUUUUUUUUUGCUUGAUUUUACUUGCCAUGUAUGGUUUGAAAGUAGCAAGUAUGUUUUUGUCUUAAUGAUCAAAGGCUGGUGUAGAAACAGGGGCCUAAUCAGUCUUUUACUGGGAGCAGUCCAAGAGGAAAGAGAAGAGGAAGGGGUUAUGGUGGAUGCUGAGCAAGGUGGCCUGAUUGAUGCCUCUUAGAAGGCUGGGGGCUAUGGCACAGCCCACUCGAGGGUGGGGCGCCCCAUCAUUUCCUGGAAGGGCCUUUGGAGGACUGUCUUGCCCCACUGCUCGUCUCACAGCAGAUUUGGGCUCACAGAUGGAUGGUCCCACAGCAAUCAUUUCACUGUCUUCCCUCUUCAUGUCGGUGACGAUCUUGGGUAACAAAGCUGUAACAGGAGAGUGAUACAGAAAUACAUCUUUGCCCUGGGAAGAAACAACCUUUUAAACUUUGCCAUUAUAACUGAAAAAAAAUAAUAAAACCUGAGUUUAGUAUCUUUA